AUGGUAGAUCCGGACCCCGAAGGCGCCGCGAUGACGGAGGCAGCCCCUCAAGCUAAUUCUCUUGCUGUCGAUAAGUCACAGAUUCCGCGGCCCUAUAAGUGCCCGCUUUGUGCCCGGGCUUUUUACCGCCUGGAGCACCAGACCCGCCAUAUUCGCACGCACACGGGCGAGAAGCCGCACGUAUGCACACACCCCGGAUGCGAUAAGCGCUUUAGUCGCAGUGAUGAGCUUACGCGCCACUUGCGCAUUCACUCCAAUGCACGACGUUCCAGCGACGCCACCCCCACCGACGAUGCGCGCAAAGGCACGGCGGGCCGCCGUCGUAUGCGAGGCGCUCCGCGCGGGCGCGGAGUAGCGGCAUCCGGCCGCGGACGCCCUUCGCAGGACGCCGCCGACAGGGCGGCAUGGCAGUCGCACGACGCGCAGGCUGCCUCUGACACGGAGCUACCGCCACACGAGGCGCCGGUGGCCCCCAAAACGGAAAUGUCGGCCCUUGCGACACUUGCCACGGGCGAGCUGGACGAGAUCCACCGCCAGGAAAUGGUGUCCCGUUCGCGGUACAUGGUGCGUGAUCCCGCGCACGCCAAGUACGAAUACCCCGACGACGACCGAUACGCCCAUGGCCCGCAUGCGUACGAGACACAUGUGCCAGUGUACCCGCACUACGAGGAUGCGCGGUACCGCUACGGAGAGUACGUGCCCGCGCAUCCGGUGGGCGAUCGGUACCGUGAUAUGCGCUACGACCGUGAUGCGUACUAUUAUACUCCCUCCGCGUACCGCUACGCCAGCCAUCCGGGCAGCCGCGAAGUGUCGCCCGGCCCACCGCCCAUGCGCGCAUGGGACGACGGUGUGCACGAGCCUGACGCAUACUAUGACGACGCGCGCCCUGUGAUGCGUCCGGUGCACCCCCGAAGCAACUAUGCGACGCCGAGCGGGAGCCCCGUGCUCGAUCCCCUGCGUAAUAUGUCGCUCUUCACGGCGCCCAACAGCCCGCUAUCGUCGCGUGCGAGCUCGCCGGUGCAUGCUCGUCCCGCGCCACCGUCCGCACCGCGCACGUCCGGCGAGCUCUUGCGCGUCGGGUCGCAUGGGUCGCUGUCGUCCAUGCACACCGAGGGCCCAAGCCACUACGCCGGCGCCGGCCACCAUGGCGCAGUGCGCUACCGCUCCCAUCCGUACACGGACCCGCUUAACCGCUCGCGCGGGCACUUUCACUAUACGCCGCUUAGCAUGUCGUCGAUGCCGUCUAGCAUGUCGGGCGAGCGCAGCACGGCACCCGAUGCGCACGAGGACCCGGGGACUUCGGAGGCUAAGCCCAUGUCGCCGUCGUCCCUACUGCAUGUCCGCGCGAUGCGCACGCCCCGUCCGCGGUACGAGCCGCACUCGCUCUCCGCGCGCAUGCAACUGUCCCAUGCACUCUCGACGCGCUCGGCCCCCACGAGUGCGGCCAGCACUCCCCCUGGCUCACCGCGCCUGAGCACGAUGCCCACUCCGUACGGAAGGCCGAUGCCACCGGCUAGCGGACGCGACGGCGACCUGAUUUUGCCUCCAUCGCGUCCACGCAUGGGCCGUCUUUCGAGUCGCACCUUGCUGCCGGACGAUGCACACGAUGCGCACCACAUGGUGCUCCCUCCCUUGGGUCCACCCCUAUCUGGCGCGGGACGCAGCGCGGCUACGUCGUCUACGAAUAGUACCGACCCUCCUCCUGCAUAG